AUGGCUGAGCAACUACGAUUCUCGGGCACACUUACCGGUCACAAGGGAUGGGUCACCGCGAUCGCGUCGUCGUCUGAAAACCCUGAUACGCUGCUGACAGCGUCGAGAGAUAAGACCAUUAUUGUCUGGAAUCUUGCGCGCGACGACCAGAGCUAUGGUUCGCCAAAACGCAUUCUCCACGGCCAUAACCACUUUGUCUCUGACAUUGCCAUCUCUUCGGAUGGAAUGUACGCACUCUCUGCAUCUUGGGAUCACACCCUUCGUCUCUGGGACUUGAACACUGGAAACACGACCCGAAGAUUUAUUGGACACACCUCCGACGUCCUCUCCGUUUCGUUUUCUGCGGACAACCGACAGAUUGUCAGUGGAAGUAGGGAUAGGACCAUCAAGCUAUGGAACACGCUCGGCGAGUGCAAAUACGACAUCAAGGAGGAGGGCCACACCGAGUGGGUCUCGUGUGUACGCUUCAGCCCCAACGCAAUGAAUCCGGUCAUCGUGUCCGCUGGAUGGGACAAGGUCGUCAAGGUCUGGGAGCUCUCCAAGUGCAAGCUGAGGACAAACCACUACGGCCACACUGGCUACAUCAACACCGUUGCUGUUUCCCCUGACGGCUCGCUUGCUGCCUCUGGUGGAAAAGACGGUAUCACCAUGCUCUGGGACUUGAACGACGGCAAGCAUCUCUACUCGUUGGAGGCUGGCAACACCGUCCACGCCCUCGUCUUCUCGCCCAACCGCUACUGGCUUUGCGCUGCAACCGCGACGUGUGUCAAGAUUUUCGACUUGGAAUCUAAGUCGAUCGUUGACGAGUUGAAGGUUGGAGCUGAGCAAAUCGAUAGCGACGCUGCUCCCGAAAAGUCCAAGGCAGAGGCUGUUUCUUUGGCCUGGUCGGCAGAUGGACAGGUCCUCUUUGUUGGCUACACCGACAACCUUGUUCGUGUCUGGACCGUCAGCUCGUAG